AUGGAAGUUGACUACCUCAACCUAGAUCCUCGCGAAGAGGCCAAGAAGCAUAAGUUGAAGAGACUUGUGCAGGGGCCGAAUUCAUUCUUCAUGGAUGUUAGAUGCCCUGGAUGCCUAACGAUAACGACAAUAUUCAGCCACGCACAAACAGCAGUCAUCUGUGGAAGCUGCAAUAUCGUCUUGUCCGAGCCCACAGGAGGCAGAUGCAAGUUGACCAAGGGAUGCUCAUUCCGUAAAAAGGUGGAAUAA